CCCCCCCCACCAUGCUACAGGAGUAAAGGGCAGCUCAGUGUGAUGAGAAACUUUUAGCUCCAACCCUGCAGCAGCGGCGGCGGCGGCAGUGCACGGAACGCCUGCAUUUGGACCUGCGUGAGCUUUUGAGACUCAGCAUGCUGCUGAUGUGAAAGAACGCCUGCUGGGAAGAGUCGAGACAAAAACAGCGAUGAUUGAGCUGGGCCUCCCUGACGGCAACCUGAUCGACGAGCUGAUGGAGCUGACGGCUCAGAGCAUCAACCAUCUGGAGAUCCAGGAACGCUUCAACGUUAUCAAGGAGAUCGGACGAGGAAAAUAUGGCAAAGUGCUGCUGGUCACUCAUCGCUUCAAAGGGACGCCCAUGGCCUUGAAAGUGAUGCCAAAAGCCUCGACUAAGCUGCAGGGCUUUCUGAGGGAGUACUGCAUCUCUUUGCACCUGUCCUGCCACCCCUGUAUCGUCGGCCUUUUCGGGAUUGCCUUCCAGUCUAAGGAGCACUACUGCUUUGCUCAAGAGCUCGUCAUUGGGAGGGACCUGUUUGCCGUCAUCCAACCAAAGGUGGGUAUUCCAGAACCCUCUGUAAAACGCUGCGCUCUGCAGGUCGCCAGCGCUCUGGAGUUCAUCCAUAGUCAUGGGCUGGUCCACCGCGACAUCAAGCCUGAAAACAUCCUCCUGCUGGACAGUCACUGCCAGCAGGUCAAGCUGGCAGACUUUGGGCUUGCCCAGAAAAGAGGCACCAUGAUCCGCUUCAUCACGGGAACCCUCCCCUACAUGGCUCCAGAACUUUGCGGCAUGGCUCUGCUGGACGGGCAGAAGGAAGCGACUGCUCCUCCUCUGAGUGUGGAGCCCAGCCUGGACACUUGGGCCUUUGGUGUGGUCAUUUUUUGUAUCCUUACAGGUUACUUCCCCUGGGAUCGCUGCAUGGACUCUGAUGAUUUCUACCAAGAGUUUGCAGACUGGUGGAGAAUGGAGCAGAGGUCCUACGCUGAGCAGGACAUCCCUCCUCUGUGGAAGAAGUUCACCCCAGAGGCCAUGGAGAUGUUUGGGAAGCUCCUGGCUCUGGAUGCAAACAACAGGUGCAGUGUGGGAGAGGUGAGAGGAUAUGUGGAGAUGGACUGGAUGAAGAAAAUUUAGCAACAUUUCUGCAGGGGUAUUAAAGGGAAAGCUUUUACAUUUUAUUCUUUGCCUUUUGUCGCGUGUCUCCAUCCCCUUCACAGCUAAGUAGUAAAUGUCUGAAAUGAGCUCAUAGUUUGUGAAGAUUUUAUCAUGUGUUCUAAGUAAAAGUGUUGGUUCUGGAUUGUCAACUUAAAGCUUCAUGUAAAUGGCUGUCAUGCUGAUUUAAAAAGUUCAUAUUAGAAAAUGUACGCUUAAAAUUGGUUUUUUAGUACUUAUUGAUUUAAGUUAGCUUUUUCUGAGCUUUUUGAAUUUUUUUUUAUUCGGAAAUCAUAAUAAAAAGGUCUCAUAAUUUCAUUCUUAUUCUAUAGUUUUACAGCGUUGUGUCGUCUGGUUAGUUUGCUUGAAUACCAAAAUACUAAUGACAAUAAAAAAGUUAAACGUGUUUAACUC